UCGAGAUCCCGGUUUUGGGUGUGCGCUAGGACAUCGUCGGGCAGUUAAAAAGAAGAAGAGGAAAAAAAAUGAUCAUAGUGGUUAUCGAAUAAUAAUGAAUCGAUCCAUGUGCUGAGUCUAAAAAAACAAGAGCAAAAAAGAGAGACAGAGAGAGAAAAGAAAAAAUGAUGACGAUGGAGACAGUCUUAGCCAUAACGGUGAUGGAAACAAUCUUAGAGAUUUUAAACGGUGAGGGAGGGUUGUGGGAAAACAUCCAAGGUGGUGAUCAGAAUAAUAAUCAGACUCAGGGGCUUAACAAGGAAGCGUUUGCAAUGAGAUUCUCGGGGUUAUCCCGUCGUCCCAACGGUGAUGUUGAUGAGGACAUUGUGACAGAAGGUUCUAAAACCAUCGGUAAUGUCAUCAUCGAGCCUUUAACGCUCGUCCAACACCUCAUGCACUCGGUCAAAUGGAGGAACUUUUUCCCCUGUAUCAUCGCCGACGAGCUCCCUUAUACACCGCAGCGUAACCAGGUUCAUGCGCCCAUAGGAUACGAGACAGAACAUGCAACCAUAUUGAUGGAAGCCAACUUCCAAGUGCUGACUCCUCUGGUGAAGAUAAGACAGACCAAAUUCACUAGAACGGCUGUCCAUCUCAAUAAUGGUGAUUGGCUGGUGUAUGACUUCCCCACCAAUGACAACCAGCAGUUGCCUUUCAUACGAGCGUGCCUUGUGCAAAACUCUAAUACCGUUCCGGGAGCCUCGACGGUGACGUGGGUCGAUAUAGCACUAUACCGCCAAGUGGCCAGCGACGACGACUACCUCGAGCUGCUUGAUGAGAACGGUCGAGGCUUCGGGUCUCUCCGGUGGUUUCAGACGUUGGCUAGAGAGUGCCGCCGCCCAUCCAUCUAUAGCUAUGCCACCGCAGACAUGAAAGACCAAGAUAAACGGUUUACUGUGUUGGCUCAGAGGAUGACUCGCAUUUUGUGCUUGGGAAUCUCUUGGGCUACACCACAAACUAACAGCAGGAAGAGGAUUGGUGAAAGGUUGGGCGUUUCUUUUGGGACAUCCGCAGGUGAUCAUGACGAGGAGGAAGGUGACCUUAACUACUUGACUGCUGUCAAGUCUGAAUUGGUGAAUGCUCCCUAUGGUGUGGUGUUCGAGUACAUCCAGUCGAUCCAGCAUCCUCGUUUGGGGGCAAACAUCUUCCACGUCCCGUUUCAUGAUACAGAAAACUACGUUGGCCUCUACGUCCAUGAAGAUGAUCCUGAUCGUAAGAGGUUUCUUAGGGAAUGUUUCAAGGACGCAUCUGGGGCAAUGCUUGUUACCUCUCCGAUAACCACCGAAAGGCUUAACAAGACCAUUAAAAAAUGGACCAAGAAGAACGACCUGGUUUUGGAUUCUGUCGGAUACGUGGUUUGUCCCGCUGGUGCAGCUCGAACCCUAGUGACCGUUGCCUACCAGCUCAAUUUCACUGAUCCGGAUCUGCCUAGCCAUGAUGUCGAAGGUCCUAACGGUUGGAUGGACAGGGCUGCUAACGAUAUAAACCAAGUCUUCACCAACAUCGGACACCGUUUCGAAGCCUAAUUAAGAUAUACUAUUAUAAAAUAAAAUAAAAAUACUCUAUCCCUGCUUUCAAUACUAUAUAAUUUCAGUUAUUUUCAUAU